UGGCAUGCAACAAACAGAGAGCCGCCAAUGCUCACAACACUGUCCAUUGAGGCAGACACUCUCCAGUAAUCCAUCAUGGACGCGCAGAAUGGAGUCGUUCAUGCACACAAGAAGCGACGGAGGAGACGUCUUGACCGCCCUCCUAUCCCGGCGCGAUUACUGCUCGACGACCGCAUCAAGGGCGAGGUCGGAGUGCUGUCGGAGGACUUGUUCAACGACCUGUUUCCUGGAUCCAGAAGCAGGAGCGCGGCAACGAACGGAGACACGCCAGACUCGCAUCGCGUUCAACACGUCGCCAUAACCCCCUGGCUACCGAGCUCCAUCGUCGCUUCCCAGAAUACCCCCUGGACCAUCCUGCCCGUGCGACCAGCCGACAAGACGGAGAAUGGCACAGCGCGUCCGCAUUCGUCUCUCCAGAUCCCAGCGUCGUCCCUCGCCCUCCAGUCGUUUUCGCACCUCCUCCAGAACAUCGCCCCAAACAAGACGCAGAGGCGAGACACACCCAUCGAGGUGCGCAUAUACGAUGUUGUACCCGUCGGGCUAGAUACCGUCUAUGUCAAUCUGGACACGGAAGCGCUGCGGAAGCUGGACGAGGUGCAUGCAAAAUUCGGCGGGGGCUUCAUUACCCAGAUGAAUGGUGCAUCGCGAGCCUCCAAGAGCCGUCUGGAAGCCAACGGGACAAUGGGCAAGGCCGUCGACCUCGCGACGCAAGAGGAGGUUUGGCGACAGGCCGUACGCGAAGCCCUACAACUACCCACCGUCCUCCACACUGGCGAUUUGCUUCCUCUGAAGCUACCCGCUCAUCCCAUCACCCACGUCCCACCUCCGCCAGCCAAGAUCAGCGCCUCGGAACCUGUGUCGCAAGGUCUCCUGCUACCGAGCACGAGAAUCGUCAUACUCCAAUCGCAUCGCAGCAGCUCCAAGCAAGCUGUCCUCCUCCCACCCGUUAAGCAGCCUGCGACUACCAAUGGAUUCGGCGACGACGACGAAACCGACGAUACGUCCAACGAUACCUUCUACUCCGCAGCAGAAGACAACUCGCGCAAUGCCUCUCCGCCAGACGAGGAAUCUACCGAUAAUUUCGAGUCUGAGCUCUCUGAAAGCGAUGCUGGAGAUCUGUCCGAUGAGUCCGACGACAUCAUCUCGCUGAAUGCGCCUAUGCUCCCGCCUCAGUCCUCCGGUGUGCUUUCGUCCUUUACAUCCGCAACGCCCCGACCCGGCAACUUCCGUACCAACGGAAUUGCGACCCCAGGAUCAGUCUAUUCCAGUUUCACGGCUACGACAGCUCGUGGGCCGACAAGCAAGAGCAAGGUGUUCAAGGCCCAGGGGCUCCUCCAGAGCGUUCCGGAUGAUCUUGUUCACCCAAAGCCUGGGAGCGAAGACGACGAAGAAGCUCGUGUAUUCGUCGACAUAAAUACACUGGUCAAGGUUGGCUGCUUCUCGGGCGACUGGGUGAAGCUCGAAGGUACCGAAGCCCCUUCGUCACAUCCCCUCUGGGGCUUGGGCGCAUUCGGACGAGCAGACGAAGAAGAGAACACGAAUUGGCGCCCCGUCAGGGUCUUCGGCUUGCCAGAAAACAUGUCCAAGAAGGUGGCACGAUACCCCGUCCAGAAGACUUCGGAUCUUGAUCGACGAAGCAGCUUCUCGGGCUUCUCACAACCAGCCUUGUCGCUACAUGCCUAUCUUUCACCAAUUCUUCUUGCAAACCUAGGCAGUCCUUCUCACCUUCGUAUCACCCCAUUAACCCCCAGCCAGUCUUCGCAUCUGCCUAGGAGCGCUAUUCAGAAGCCGCGGUUGAACAGCUCUUCUUUGCCACCAUCCGCUAAAGAGGUCACACUCCUAAAAGUAUCAACACCUCUAUCGUCCGAUCGUUUACUUCAACCUAGUUUGUUCGCUGCCUUGAAAGACCACUUUGAGCAAAAGCGGCGGAUAGUGAAGAGCGGUGACCUGAUAGGCGUAUCAAUCGACGAGUCCCUUGGUCGUGCAGUGUUCCAAACUACAACAGAAGAGGACGUCGGUAACGACGAGCUUCUCGCGAGAGUCAAGCCAACCGCUAGUGAUGAAAGCACAAGUGUCAGCAGCCGCAAUCCAAAGGUCGUAUCGUGGUUCAAGAUUGGCAAUGUAUCAAGUCCUACUCACACGUCUCACGAUGGCGAAGAAGUUGAUAUCUGGGGCGGCGCUGUGACGGUAGAUGCUGCUAGCACAAAGAUGGAGAUGAACGGUAGCGAGCAAGGCAAGACGCCAGCUCCCAUCAACAAUGCAUGGCAAUACUAUCUAGGUGCCAAACGAGCUCCUGUAUCAAGCUCUCAAAAGACCAUGGCACUGGACGAACUGCCUAAACCUUACAUCUCGUCGCUGCGGAGACGAUUGCGCGAACUCAUGUCCGUGGCUACCAGCCCUCGAGCCAUCCACCUAGGUCUGCCACCUAUCGCCGUCUUGAUUACUUCGACCCAACGUGGCAUUGGCAAGUCUACCGUUGCGACGAAAGCUUGUGAAGACCUUGGCCUGCACACGUUCUCCAUCGAUGCUUUCGAUAUCGUCACUGAAGGCGGUGCCGGAGGUGGCGAUGUCAAAACUGAAGGCUUCCUGAAAGCUAGGGCCGAGCGAGCUUUGACAUGUGGUGCUGAGUUUACAGCACUGUUGGUCAAGCAUGUCGACGCACUCAACGCUGAUCGUAUGAACACAGCAUUAAAAGAGAUCUUAGCCGACUCUCGCGUACUGAUCGCAACAACAACCGAAAUCGACAAGGUACCAGAAGGUAUCCGCGGACUCUUCACCCAUGAGAUUGAGAUGACAGCCCCUGACGAAGGCGAAAGAGAAGGUAUUCUUCGAAGCAUCGUCGACGACGCCGGCAUCCGUCUCUCCCCUGAAGUUGAUCUAGCAAACGUCGCCGUCAAGACUGCCGCCCUAGUAGCUGGCGACCUCGUAGAUGUUGUCGAUAGAGCUCUUGUCGCAAAGCAACAACGCCUCGAAGCCCUCGCUGUGUCCGCUUCAAAAUCGCUUACCCCACCCGACACAAUCACCACUCGCGACAUUGAACUAGCCGGCGGUCACUUUAGCAGCAGUCUCACAAAAGCCGAUCUUGACACCGCCGUCGACGCCGCACGUAAGAACUUUGCUGAUGCAAUCGGCGCGCCCAAGAUCCCCAACGUGGGCUGGUCUGAUGUGGGAGGUCUCACGCACGUCAAAGACGCUGUCAUGGAGACGAUCCAACUUCCUCUAUCACGUCCUGAGUUGUUUGCAAAGGGCAUGAAGAAGCGCAGUGGAAUCCUCUUCUACGGCCCUCCCGGAACAGGAAAAACACUCCUUGCAAAAGCCAUCGCCACGGAAUUCUCCCUCAACUUCUUCAGCGUAAAGGGCCCUGAGCUGCUCAACAUGUACAUUGGUGAAUCGGAAGCCAACGUCCGCCGUGUCUUCCAGCGCGCCCGUGACGCGCGUCCUUGUGCUGUCUUCUUCGACGAAUUGGAUUCCGUGGCGCCGAAGCGCGGUAACCAGGGUGAUAGCGGCGGCGUCAUGGACCGCAUUGUGAGUCAGUUGCUCGCUGAGCUCGACGGCAUGAGUGAUGGCGGCGAGGGUGUGUUUGUUAUUGGUGCGACGAACAGGCCAGAUUUAUUGGACCAGGCGUUGUUGAGACCCGGCCGUUUCGACAAGAUGCUUUAUCUGGGUGUGAGCGAUACGCAUGAGAAACAGCAGACUAUUUUGGAGGCGUUGACUAGGAAAUUUACUCUUCAUCCGUCCGUUAGCCUCGCCCGCGUAUCCCAAGGGUUACCUUUCACAUAUACAGGAGCAGACAUGUAUGCCCUCUGCUCCGACGCCAUGCUCAAAGCCAUCACACGGAGCGCCAAAUCAGUCGAUGAGAAAGUCGCAGCAUACAAUUCAACACAUAACCCACCCAUUACCAUUGCUUAUUUUUUCGACCAUCUCGCUACAGAGGAGGACACGGCUGUCAUGGUGACAGAAGAAGACUUUAUGGAAGCACACAAGGAGCUGGUGCCUAGUGUUAGUGCGGACGAGUUGAGGCACUACGAUAGGGUGAGGAAGCAAUUCGAAGGUGCAGGGAAGAAGGAAGGGGCCGAGACGAAGAACGGUACUGCCGCUCCUCCUCUAGCCAUCGAACAAGCUUCUAGUGCAACAACGGCCAAGGGCAAAGCGAAAGCUCCUGUCCACGAGGACGAGACCGAAAUGGUUAUCCGCACAGAAAACGUUCAGCUGAAUGGUAAUGCGGGUGUGAGUGGAAAUGGACUGGCGGGUGGCGGUGUGGAUAUCAGUGGUGGUAGUGCGGCAAGCAGUGGCGGGAGUAGCAAGGGCAAGGGCAAAGCGCCGGUGAAUCACAGUCAGGGAAAGAGUAGUGUUGACAUCGCCGAAGGAGGAUUUGGAGAUGCAACGCAGGAUGACGAUCUGUACUCUUAACUUGUUUUUUUCUUCUCCUCGCACCUUUUUGCUGUUGUAGAUAUUAGAGAUUUUUUACAUGGCGCCG